AUAGUACCACUAAUCAGCAAGUCUAGAAGGAGGCAUAGUACCACUAAUCAGGAGGUCUAGAAGGAGUCAUAGUACCACUAAUCAGCAGGUCUAGAAGGAGUCAUAGUACCACUAAUCAGGAGGUCUACAAGGAGUCAUAGUAGCACUAAUCAGCAGGUCUAGAAGGAGUCAUAGUAGCACUAAUCAGGAGGUCUAGGAGUCAUAGUAUGAUGGCGGUAUGAUGAUCUGGGGCUGCAUGAGGUCAGAAGUUUCCUGAUGUGGAGCCUGAAUCUAGGAUCUGAACUGUAGUUACUCUUCCAAGGAAUGCUGAAGUUAUGUGACAAUCGGCGUCUGUCUGUCUGUCUGUUAGCAACAUUACUCAAAAACAGACUAACAGAUUUGGAUGAAAUUUCCAGAGAAGGUCAGAAAUGACACAAGGACCAAGUGGUUAGAUUUUGGCAGUGAUGCGGCUUAUAGUCUGGAUCCACGGAUUUGUUAGAUUUCUGUAUCAUUACCAGAUAGCAGCAUGGCGUCACUGUAACCAUGACAACCAGUGAGCACUAUGUCAACUGACUGUGAUCCUACUACAAAUCCACCACUGAGGACUUAUCAGGACUGAUCUGUAGGAAAUGAUCCAAGGAACAACUGAUUAAAUUGUGGGGAUGUUUCUGAGUCCCAUCACUUCCCGCCGCCCGCUACAUAUUUAGGUCACGUGAUUCGGUAUCCAUACAUAACGUACACAUGCAGAAGACAUGCCUGUACUCAGAGCAAGGUCAUUGUGUUUGUUGGUACAGCUAUAUUAAAUGGAAACAUUCUAUAGCGUUGUGAUUUCUGCCAUGAAUUUUUUCAAGAUUUCAUCCAUCGGAAAUGAAACGACUGAGCAGCCUUGGAGGAGGACUGAGCAGCAUUGGAGGAGGACAGGCGCAGCCUUGGAGGAGGACAGGAGCAGCCUUGGAGGAGGACUGGGCUCUCUGAGGUCUUGUUAGUAAUGUGAUACCAAGGCAAGAAGUAAUCCGAUUACUGUGAGGACAGACAGACAGACAGACAGACAGACAGACAGAUGUGGUAUCUGCGCUCUGAUUGGUGGGAUUACACCAACAGGAUUAAUAUGAGAGCAGCAGCAGAAGACGUAAACAGACUGACGGAGGUGGACACACAUCAGGAGUCAACAUCAGCUCAGCCAUGUUUGCAGGCCGAGCCUCAGGAGCCGGAGCCGCCGUCGGACCGUCCGCGGCCGCAGGAAAAGCUACAAAGUUCUCGGUGGAGGAGCUGUACGGAUUCAACAAGAAGCCCAAAGUCAACAGAGGGAAUUCUGGGAAAACUGAAAAAAAUGACUCCAAGAAAGACGCCAAGGAGAAGGAGGAGUCGGCGCUGGCGUCCCAAAUCCUGGAGGCAGCCAGGAGACUCAUGGAGAGACGGAGACUUGAGAUCUACCUGAAGGAGUGCGAUGUCACCAUGGAGCACAGCAGCAUGCCCUACAGAAAUCUGGGAAAAUCUGGACUGAGAGUGUCCUGCCUGGGACUGGGAACUUGGGUGACAUUUGGCUCUCAGAUAUCUAAUGAGAUGGCAGAGAGUGUGAUGACGGUGGCCUAUGACAGUGGAGUGAAUCUGUUUGACACAGCAGAGGUUUACGCUUCAGGCAGGGCCGAGACGACGUUGGGAAACAUCCUGAAGAAGAAGACCUGGAGGAGGUCCAGCUAUGUGGUGACCACCAAGAUCUACUGGGGAGGACAGGCGGAGACAGAGCGGGGGUUGUCACGGAAACACAUCAUUGAAGGUCUGCGUGGAUCUCUGUCCAGGUUACAGCUGGACUAUGUGGACAUCGUUUUCGCCAACAGGAGCGACAUCAACGCCCCAAUGGAAGAGAUCGUCCGUGCGAUGACCUUUGUGAUUGAUCAAGGGAUGGCCAUGUACUGGGGAACGUCCCGCUGGAACGCCGUGGAGAUCAUGGAGGCGUACUCUAUCGCCCGUCAGUUCAACCUGGUCCCUCCAGUGUGUGAACAGGCUGAGUAUCAUUACUUCCAGAGAGACAAAGUAGAGCUGCACCUGCCGGAACUCUACCACAAGAUAGGGGUUGGAGCCAUGACCUGGUCUCCGUUAGCCUGCGGUCUGCUAACGGGAAAAUACAACGAGGGUGUCCCCGAGAGCUCCAGGGCCGCCAUGAAGGGCUAUGCCUGGCUAAAGGAGCGUCUCUACAGUGAUGAAGGGAAGAAGCAGCUGACUAAGAUCAAAGAGCUCCACCUGCUGGCUGACAGACUGAACUGCACCGCUGCUCAGCUGGCUAUAGCCUGGUGUCUUCGCAGUGAAGGAGUCAGCUCGGUUCUGCUGGGAGUCUCCAACACAGAACAGCUGCUGGAGAACCUCGGUUCUAUCAGGGUUCUGGCUCAGUUGACUCCACCCCUCAUCGCAGAGAUGGACGCGUUGCUCGGCAACAAACCAAGAAGCGCCAAAAAGGAGGCGAGAAGCUGAAGAGAAGAAAAACUUUAUUUAAAACGUCGUCACGACGAUGAAGGAAGGAGGCAGGGCGUCGUCAUGGAGACGGGAACAGAAACUGUAGAUAUUCAGAAACAUAUCAGAAAUAUUUAUUCUUGUAUUAACCUGAAGAAUCACACAGAGCAUCACGGUUACCGUUGGCAACGGCUGUUCAUCAUCAAUAAUCAAUCAGUGACAGCAGAUUAAUCAAUAAUCAAUCAACAGCAGUCUGUAUUAAACUGAUCAAUAUUAAUAGUUAUUUAAGGUUUCAUGUAUGGCAGACUGUUGGUGCCAAGAAAUCAAUAAACAGAUUUAUGCAGUAGAGGAUUUAAAUUCAAUUAAUAAGAUACAUUCAUUUAAUUAAAUUGAGUUCAUUAUUUUAAUUGAUUUAAUUAAUUUAAUUAAUUGUAAUUUAAUUUUUUGUGAUGUCACAAAGUGUUCCCUGAAUCAUCUUUUAAAGUGAGAAAAUGUGAACGUUCUAAAACAAGAAGUUUCUUCAGUGAAUUUAAGAUUUAAUUUUAAUUAUCUUAGUUUAAUUCAUAACUUUGUUCAGAUUUUAGAUUUCAGGAUAUUUCUGUGAAUUUAAAAACAUCAAACGUUUCGUCUUUAUGUGAAUUUUAGUUUCAGAGCUUAGAAAAAUAAAUUAAAGUGUUUUUUUUAUUUUUAUUUUGGCACCAACAGGCUUCCAUACAUCUGCCAUCUCUCUGUUUGUAUUUCACAAUAAAAGCCCAGUGUUGUCCAGACGACUGUUAAAACUAAUGGCUAUGAGAAGAACAUGGCCAACUGUGAUGUCACCGCGGUAACCGGUGUUGCCACGGUAACGGGACUCCGACUCCUGCGUCCUCUGCUGAACGUAUUCACGAGAACAUUUCACUGUAAAUUAUGAAAACCUGGAUGGGGACUAACCUGAGGGUAUUCAAUUCAAUUCAAUUUUAUUUAUAUAGCGCCAAUUACAGUCAAAUUGUCUCGAGACGCUUUACAGAACCCAUAUGCCUGACCCCCAGAGCAAGCCAAAAGGCGACAGUGGCAAGGAAAACACCCUUUUAACAGGGAAAAAAACCUCGAGCAGAACCUGGUUCUAAUGUGGGGGAACCAUCUGCUGCUGGCCGGGUGGGUUGAGAGGAACAGAAGAGGUAGAAAGGUAGAGAUAGAGGUAGAGGUAGAGAUAGAGGUAGAGAGGUGGGGGUGUGGGGGGGGGGACACAAGGACCAUAAAACGCACAGUUUGACACAUGCAUGAUAAGACAGAUGAUACAUGCAAAGUACAACUAACAUGGAAACUGAUUAUAGUUUACUGCUAUGGUGUAUGACUCUGGCAUUAAAUAUACUACAUAUAUAGCUGGUGGUAAAUUCAAAAAUAUGUAGACCAGCAAAUCAAGUAUAGUGAGGGUGAUGCAGAGUAGAUUGAUGGAAAUGGGCAGCUGGAAGCAGUGGGCUGGAGGAAGGUCAGCAGCAGCAGCAUCCCACAGAUGGAGAUUAGGCCAGUAAUUCUCUUCUCCUUCAGGUAAAAAUGAUGAAAACAUGAAACAUUUGCAGAUCUCUAAAGUUUUACCUGGAUGUUUGAAGAACCAAUCACAUCGAUUGAUCGGCUGAUUGUGUUUCUGAUCGUUGAAAAAGAAAAGCUGGAGGACGUAUCGAUGAUGCUCUAAUAAUCAAUAUUAAGUUAAUCAGUAAGACAUUAGAGGAAAUAUCAGUGAGAUUAAAAACAUGUAAUGAAAUAAUUCAAUAAAGACGAAAUAUUCUGCGA